AUAGAAAAUUUCAUAGAGAAUUGGAGGAAGAAGAAGAAGAGCCGGCAUUUAGGAAAUCUUGAAAUCGCCCAAACCAUAGUUGUGGAAGGGAAGGGAAGGGGGAACCUUGGAAGGAACAAAUCCAAAAAAAAAAAACAAAGAAAAAAGGUAGUAGAAAGAAAUAGAGAGGGUUUGGGGGAGGGAAUCAAACAACAUAAACAAAUUCCAUCACCGCCAUCAACAGAAAACCCACGAACAAAUCUCUUUCUUCCUCCUAUUUUCUAUCAUCCCUUCUGUUUUGGGCUGUAAAGUUUCUGAUUGCCCAUUCUCUAUUUGGUAUAGGGAUGAUGAACUUGGUGAAUGAGAAUUGAGAAAUUCUUGCACUCUACUUGUUUGAUAAUUUUCUCCUGAAAAUAUAACAUAGGAAAAGAGAACACGACGGAGGAAGAGCAAUAUUGGAAGAAUACAACAAGGAAUCGGAGGGGAAAUAAAAUGUCAAACUCGGCGGAGUUGCCGAGUCUCGAACAAAAUUUCUCAGUUGUUUCCAAGGCGGAUGAUAAUUCCACAGAAGGUUCAGAUACUACUACAACAGUCGUUUCCCCUCCUCCACCCGAUGAUGGCUCCACGUCUCCGUCUUCAGGCGAUGGAGGAUCUGAUUCAGGUUCCAAAGCCUCUCCUCCCGCUAAUAACAAAACAAAUAAUGAAACUAGCAAUGGUUCACCGUCACCACCGCCGCCAUCGGGGUCAAAUUCUAGCAAUAAUCAAGGAUCUGCGGACGCUCCUGAUGACUCGGGAACGCCACCGCCUCCACCACCCUCAUCGUCGAAAACUCCAUCGACCGCAAAAUCACCUCCCGUGUCGCAAAAUUCCGGGUCCAAUUCUCCUACCCCUUCUCCUCCCCCGCCUCCUUCUAACUCAGGAAACCAAUCUCCUCCCUCGUCAACGGGUCAGCCAUCUCCACAAAGUGGUGGGAAAUCACCACCCCAACCAUCGACAGGAAAACCCAAUAAUCCCCAGACACCUUCCGGCGAUGGUUCUCCUCCUGCCCCAAGGACGCAAACAGCUACCCCAACACCGUCAGGGACACCUUCUGUGCCGCUAAGUUCAGGAGGGUUCAAUCCUCCCCCGGCAAUUGGGUCCCCACCAGGUCAGGGUGGAUCUGAAACCAGCCCUACUCGCGGAAACGUGCCUAGUAGUGCCUCUUCGGCAUCCCAAGAUGGUUCGAUUGAUUCGGCUUCGAAUUCAAAAGCAACAGGAAAUUCUGGAAACUCUAGUAAUGGGAACGGGAAUUCGGCUACCACGGCUAUAAUUGUGGCAAGCACAGUGGUGGUCAGCGUCAUACUCAUCGCACUUAUCGCAGUCAUCAUCGCUACUAGGAAGAAAAAAAGACGCCAUGACCCUCCUUAUGCUCCUCCUUACAUGACUCCUCCCAAUAAUUUCUCUGCAAUGCAACAAUCGGCAGACCCAUACUAUUACGGACAAGCAGGUGGUCCGCAUUCAAUGGGUUACUCUAGUCAGAACCACUCGUAUGCGUCACAACAAAAUUCAGGGGCGUUUAGCGGAGGAAGCCAGAGAGGCAUGAGCUCUGGCCCGGAUUCAGGGCUCAUCGGAGGGGGGAAGUCCUUCUUCAGCUACGAAGAGGUGAUGGAAAUGACGCGUGGAUUUUCUCGUGAGAACAUUAUAGGGGAAGGCGGAUUUGGAUGUGUGUUCAAAGGGUGGCAACCCGAUGGGAAAAUGGUGGCCGUGAAGCAGCUCAAGGCAGGGAGUGGACAGGGAGAUCGAGAGUUCAAGGCCGAGGUCGAGAUAAUUAGUCGCGUCCACCAUCGCCACCUCGUAUCUUUGGUUGGUUACAGCAUGUCAGAUGCUCAAAGGCUACUCAUUUACGAGUUCCUUCCCAAUAACACCCUUGAGUAUCACUUGCAUGCAAAAGGGCCAGGGUUGGAUUGGUCUCAAAGACUGAAAAUUGCCAUAGGGGCAGCUAAGGGAUUGGCUUACUUGCAUGAAGAUUGCAACCCAAAAAUCAUUCAUAGAGACAUCAAAUCAGCAAACAUUUUAUUGGGUAGUGAUUUUGAGGCACAGGUUGCAGAUUUUGGUCUUGCCAGACUAAAUGAUACAACUCAAACACAUGUUUCAACUCGUGUGAUGGGAACAUUUGGGUACCUGGCUCCAGAGUAUGCUCAAAGUGGGAAGCUAACUGAUAGAUCCGAUGUGUACUCGUUUGGGGUUGUUCUUCUAGAGCUUAUAACUGGGCGAAAGCCUAUAGAUUCAAGUCGUCCCCUUGGGGAUGAAAGCCUGGUUGAAUGGGCUCGUCCUCACCUUAUGCAUGCCAUGGAAACGGGAGAUCUUGGUGAGCUAGUCGAUCCUCGACUAGAGAAGCGAUAUGUGGAAGCAGAAAUGAUGAGGAUGAUCGAGACGGCGGCUGCUUGUAUCCGCCACUCUGCUCCCAAGAGGCCAAGAAUGAUGCAGGUAGUGAGAGCAUUAGACAGCGAUGAAACAGGAGACCUCACCAACGGGAUGAAGUAUGGACAAAGCACAAUGUACAACUCUGGCCAGUACAACGAAGAGAUAAUGAAGUUCAGGAGGAUGGCACUAGGUUCAGAUGACAGCGGGGAGUUUGGCUACAGUACCGGAGAUUUCACCACAAGAGAGAUGUCUCACGGAGUACCAAUAGCCAAUUCCACUGGGGAUUACUCAAGCAGCGGGGAGUUGGAAACUCGAGCCAUUAAUAGACCCUCAUCAAGAAAUUGGUAGAAGAAGAUAAACCCCCCCCCCCCCCCCCAAUUAUCAUUCAUUCUAGUAACAAGAAAGAAAGAAACGGAAAAGGAUAAAAUGUUAAUCAAGUGCUUGAAACAUCAAUGUUCUUUACUCCAUUCCCUCCCUCCCUCCUUCCUUCCUUCCUUCCCUCCCCUCCCCUCCAACUCUUUUGCUCUCCAUGAAAUCUCGAGUUUCAUGAUGUAUAGAUAAAGGAAGUGAGGGUGUAACUCAGUGAAAAUCUUGUGGAAAUGUAAUUUUUCGGCACAAUGCAAUUUUCUCGUGAUCAUCUACCUAUCU